AUCAACUUGUCGGAAAAAACAGGGGAAAUCAUGCCAGCUGCUUCCAAGAAGACAGAGAAAAAAGGAGGGAAGGCGGAUGCUGGUGCAACGAUACUAAGUGGUGUAUACAUGUUUCCCAAUGGAGAUAAAUAUGAUGGUGAAUACAUCCAGGCAGAUGAAGGCUUAUUGCGUCAAGGUUAUGGUACCCAUACAACAGUUGAUGGACUUAGUUACUAUGGUAACUGGAGUGGGGACAAGAUGAAUGGACAAGGGAAACUUCUUCAUCCAUCAGGAGCCAUAUAUGAGGGAGAGUUUGUCAACAACAUGUUUCAUGGAUUUGGAAAGUACACUUGGCCUGAUGGAUCAUUUUAUGAGGGGAACUUUAAUGAGAACAAACUUGAAGGUCAGGGAACAUUUACAGAUGUAAAAUCGCAAGUGUGGUAUGGAAAAUUCACACACAAGGCUGCUCCUGGGCUUAAGUUUAAACUGUGCAUGUAGGAUAUCUCACAAAUUUUGACUCUGCAAGAUGUAAAUUUAUAUAUAUUAUACCUGUACUUGACUGUAAAUAUUUAUUCAUGGCAAUAAAUGAUGUUUGGUUUACUUUUGAAA